AUGUCCCACGGUCCCGAGGCCGACGGGCACGCACCCCUUGAAGCACGUGUGAGCUACCGGAGGUUUGCGGGAAGGCCGCAGACCCCGCAGGAACAGUCUUCUUUGGGAAGUGAAGAAUGGAAUCCUUGGGAAGGAGAUGAAAAAAAUGAGCAACAACACAGAUUGAAAACUAGCCUGCAGAUAUUAAACAAAUCCACGAAAGGGAAAACAGACCUCAGUGUACAGAUCUGGGGAAAAGCCGCCAUUGGCUUGUAUCUCUGGGAGCACGUUCUUGAAGGCUUGCUUGAUCCCACUGAAGUGACCGCUCAGUGGAGAGAAGGAAAGUCAAUUGUGGGAAGAACCUGUUACAGCUUCAUCACUGGCCCUGCUGUCAUCCCGGGGUACUUCUCGGUGGACGUGGAUAACGUGGUCCUCGUCUUAAAUGGCAGAGAAAAAGCAAAGAUCUUCUAUGCCACCCAGUGGUUACUUUAUGCGCAAAAUCUCGUGCAGCUGCAAAAACUGAAGCAUCUUGCAGUGGUUUUGCUUGGAAAUGAACAGUGCAGUAACGACUGGAUAAGCCCCUUCCUCAGGAGAAAUGGAGGCGUCGUGGAGCUCCUUUUCAUCGUCUAUGACAGCCCCUGGAUUAACGACGUGGACAUUUUUCAGUGGCCUUUGGGGGUGGCAACCUACAGGAACUUUCCCGUGGUGGAGGCAAGCUGGUCCAUGCUGCACGAUGAGAGGCCAUAUUUAUGUAAUUUCUUAGGAACUGUGUAUGAAAAUUCCUCCAGACAGGCGCUGAUGAACAUUUUGAAACAAGAUGGAAACGAUAAGCUUUGUUGGGUUGCAACAAGGGAACAGUGGCAACCUCAGGAGACCACCGAGAGUCUGAAGAACUACCAGGACGCGCUGCUGCAGAGCGACCUCACGCUGUGCCCAGCCGGCCUGAACACUGAGUGUUACCGCAUCUACGAGGCCUGCUCCUAUGGCUCCCUGCCCGUGGUGGAGGACGCCAUGACGGCCGGCCACUGCGGCCACACGUCAGCGCACCCCAGCGCCCCCCUGCAGCUACUCAAGGCCACGGGCGCCCCCUUCAUCUUCGUCAAGGACUGGAAGGAGCUCCCUGCUGUCUUGGAAAGAGAGAAGGCAAUGCCUCUGCCUGAGAAGAUCGAGAGGAGGAAGACGCUGCUGCAGUGGUAUCAGCGCUUCAGGACGGAGCUGAAGGUGAAGUUCACCACCAUCCUGGAAAGCUCCUUUUCUACGGACAAUAAAGGUUGACUUGAUUGCCCUGUC